GGCGCGCGCGCUCUCCCUGCCUUCCCUCGCGCUCGUAUAGUAAAGUGGCCCGCGCGCAGGUGGUGCGUGCAGCUCUGAAUCCGAUCAGGAUGAUGCGAUCUGCACAGCUUCUCGCUGCAGUCUUAUGCUGCUUAGUGUGCAUUCAUUCUCUACCGGUACCAGACGGAAACAGCCACAGGUACAAACCUGCAGCGGACUGGCCUCAAAAGACCCAUCACCAUGGCCUGAAGAAGAGGGGACGAUUUCAUCAUGUUCAGGAUACACUGAGUGAAGACUCUGGCAAUAAAAGUGUGCAUCCACACUCAACUCUUCCAAAGAAUGACACAGAGUUCUGGAACAGACCUCGCUGUGGAGUCCCAGACUACCCCUCACAGAAGGAAGGGAGCGUCCUUAAUUACUUAACCCACAAAGGAGGCUUGCUUGGAGGCCGUAAUCGCCGAAAACGCUUUGAUUUGUUCGGAGGACGCUGGGACAAAACAGACCUCACAUACAAGAUCUUGCGGACCCCUUGGCAGAUGAAUUUAGAGAAAGUCAGACAUGUGCUGAAAGAGGCACUGCGGGUCUGGAGUGACGUCACCCCUCUCACCUUUACUGAGGUCACCAGUGGCCGGGCGGAUAUCAUGAUUGACUUUAACAGGUACUGGCAUGGAGACAAUCUUCCUUUUGAUGGCCCAGGAGGAAUUCUGGCUCAUGCCUUCUUUCCCCGAACUUACCGGGAGGGAGACAUUCACUUUGACUACGAUGAAUCUUGGACAGUGGGCAACAGUAUGGGUACUGACCUCCUCCAGGUGGCAGCUCAUGAGAUUGGUCAUGUUUUAGGAUUGCAGCACUCCAUGGCAACAGGCGCAGUGAUGUCGCCUUUCUACACUUUCUCCUACCCGCUCAAACUGAGUGAAGAUGACAAGCAAGGCAUACAGUCUUUGUAUGGCGCCAAACACACUGAUGAUAAAGUAAAGACGGAGGAGAGAACUCCCAAAAUCACAGAAACCAAUGAGAUAGAAACCACAGUGCCUGAUGCUUGCCAAACUGACUUUGAUGCUGUAUCUAUGAUCCGAGGUGAGCUGUUUUUCUUUAAGUCGGGUUAUGUAUGGCGGAUCCGUGAUGGUAAACUCCAGACUGGAUAUCCUGCAUUGGCAUCCAGGCACUGGAGAGGAAUCCCAGGAGACAUUGAUGCUGCUUUUGAGGACAAAUCUGGAAAUAUCUGGUUCUUCCAAGGCCAGAGUUACUGGGUUUUUGAUGCAGAGCGGCAGAUCACAGGGCCAGACUCUGUACGGCGACUGGGUCUAACAGUGAAUGACAUUCAGGCAGCCCUCAUGUGGGGAGAAGACAAGGCCCAGAAGAUCUACUUCUUCAAAAAAGGAAGCUACUGGCGAUUUAACCUGAAGGAAAACCAUGUAGACUCAGUCCAUCCUCGGAGCAUGAGGGACUGGAGGGGCAUACCGGAUGACAUUGACGCUGCUUUCCUCGACCGAUUCGGCUUCGCCCAUUUCUUGAGAGGGAAGCAGUACUGGAAGUUCGACCCAGUGGAAGUGAGGGUGCUGGAGGGAUACCCACGAUAUAUUGGCAUGGAUUUCUUCGGUUGUUCUGCAGCCCUGUAUCGAUGAGUCAUGGGUACAACUAGAUGUAAUUUAUCCCAAAUGUAUUGCUGAUCUUUGUCCCGCAGGCAGUUUCCACGUUUAACUUUGAACCCGUCUAGUUCUAGUAUUUUUGUUUAUAUCAGGUAAAGUGUCAGAUGUACAGUCUCUGUACAAUCUGACCACUGGAUCAAACAUUUUUCUGUGGUUUCAAGUAGAUACUGUUUAUCUACUCAGUGACUCAAGAUGCUACAUCUGUGCCACUUAACCAUAUACUGAAUGACUGUUGCUGGAUCUUCUCAUCUGCAAAACAAUGACUCUCAUUUCUCAGGAAAAGCAGGAAAUUCUGGCCUUAAAAUAUUUUGUGUAUUUGAUUAUUUAUUAUUUGUAUAUUUUUGGCAGUAUUGAUAGUGUUUGGAAAACAUAAUAGACAUUCUUUUUGAGAAACACCAUAUUGUGCUAUUAGUGACAUGCUGUUGAAUACCACAGAAGAUAAUUUAGUCUUUAAACACAAGCAAAAAUUGCAUUAACCAUAAUGCACUUACAAUGGAAGUCUAUGA